AUGCGUGCCGUCGCUGCUUUUGCAGCAUGUGUUGCCUUCGCAAAUGCUCAGACCUUCGAUAUGGGCAUGAUUCUGGCUGCAGAGCCUGUCCCAACACCUUCUGUCCCAGUCGUCUACGUCACAGGUGAUGCUGCCACAACGACAGCAUCAGCCACAACUGUCUCCUAUGUAGAGACGCAAGCCGCAGCAUCUGUGUGGUCCGAAAUUGUCGCAGAAGCAGCAGCAAGUAGCACCACCCUUGGAAAGCGCGCUGCGUCUACUUGUGUACCUCAACCUACUGGCAUAUUUCACAACUCGAAUCCGGAUACAGCUUCUGCUUUUGUGGGUGAUGCAUAUUACUCGAGUAUCGCUUCUGCUGCACCUACUCCUGCUGGAUAUGUCAACACUUUUACCAACUUGCAGGCUUCGAACAACGCUUAUGGAUAUCUGGGAUUCCAAUUGUUGAAGACAUAUGACACUCAGCUGUGUUCACAACAAUGCGACAAAAUCAAUGGGUGCUUAGCAUUCAACGUGUACUUUGAGCGUGAUCCCUCUGUUGACCCUAACGAUUCUUCUUGCUCAUCACCUUCUUCGGUCACCCAGAUCAAAUGUGUUUUCUUCGGAGGUCCUGUGCUCGUAUCAAACGCUCUCAAUGCUGUACAAUGGCGAAACAAGUUCCAAGUUGUCAUUGCUGGAUCGAAUGGUUAUGUGAACCAAACCAUCACUCCUGCCUUCGGCUACGAUGAGCCCAUUGAUCUGGGUGAUGCCACCAUCAACGCUCCUCUCGACUGCUCUGGACACGAUACGUUUAUGCAAUCGAAGCUGUUUACCUCUGGACCAUUUGAUGCUAACCUGUGUGCUUCUGCAUGCUCUGCUCAGAAUGUCUACAACUUAGCCCAUCCUCCUACCGAGGGCAAGAUAAAGACAUGCCAAUUCUUCACAACUUAUCUACUCUACAAGAACGGUAUUGCGCUUGGACAAACAUGCAGUUUGUAUACCAUGGCCUGGAACCAAACUUACAACACCAACAAAGGAUACUACUAUGGAAACGACCAUUAUACCGUAGGCUACAGCUACGCAUUCACCAACUCUACAAAUCCUGGUACUUCUUCUGCUGUGUGUGGCUCAUCCGCAUCUCCGACCUCCAUCUCUUCAAGCACCACAAAAGUGUCCUCACCAACCACACUCGCCACCUCCUUCACCCAAAGCUCUACCUCCACACCUACACCCCUCCUCCCUGAUACCUCCUGCAACAAUGCCGGUCUAGAAUACGCCUACUACUCCUCCCUCCUCACCACAAUCUGGGACUACUCGACCCCAUCCUACGGCCUCUCCCCCUCUGACUACAGAACCAUUCUCCCAAACUACACCUCCACAACUACCAUGAUCGGUGGCUUCGCCUGGAACACCUACCACCAAACCAGCCAUAUCUACAAUAGCACUCUCGCUCUCGAAAACGACAAAAUGAUUCUAAACCACCGUGGUUACUUCUUCGCCCCCAGCUCGGGAAACUACACCUUCAGCAUCCCCACCUGUGACGACGUUGCCUUUUUCUGGCUUGGCGAAUCUGCAUAUUCUGGAUUCAACUCGUCAAACUACCUCAUUCUCGACAAUCAGGGUAGUGGUACGAAAUCAGCUACUGUGACUUUGAUGGCAGGCAUCUAUUACCCUAUUAGAUUGAUAUAUGGUAAUGUGGGUGGAGGACCUGGAAGUUUGUAUUUUCAGGUUGAGCAAGGUGAUGAGGUGGUGGGUGAUUGGAGGAGUACGGAGUCUCCUUAUUUUGUGCGGUAUUCUUGUCAUGGCACUGCUGCUGCUGCUCCUGCCUUUGCUGCUUUUGGGCAAGAGAGCUGA